UCUUUUCUCCAUUCACUUUUUGCUCAUCACUCCUCUCCCUCUCCCUCUCUCUCAAACAGAAUCGCAUCAAAAUAUGGAGCCAUGGUUGGACGACCUCACCGACGACUUACAGAGCCUGAGCUUCAACUCCACCACCACGACCACCGCAACCGACAUCCACCGCAGCACCAGCUCCGGUUCCGAGACCACCUGGACGGCAGCCUCCGCCUCCGCCGUCACCACCACUACCAAGCCCCACGCUCCCUCCGGCGACCCCUGCUGGGACGCUAUCCGGCGCGCAAGAUCAGAAUCCUCCUCGGGCCAACUCUCCCUCUCCGACGUCCGCUUCCUCCUCCGCCUCGGCUCCGGCGACAUCGGCUCCGUCUACCUUGCCGAGCUCAAGUGCGCCGCCAACUCCGGCGCGCUCUUCGCCGCCAAGGUCAUGGACAAGAAGGAGCUCGCGAGCCGUAACAAGGAAGGCCGCGCGAGGACAGAAAAGGAAAUCCUCGAAAUGCUGGAUCACCCGUUCCUGCCCUCCCUCUACGCGUCGCUCGACGCCCCCAAGUGGUCGUGCCUCUUGACGGAGUUCUGCCCCGGCGGCGACCUCCACGUCCUCCGGCAACGCCAGCCCGGCAAACGCUUCCCCGAUUCCGCCGUCAGGUUUUACGCAUCGGAGGUAGUGGUGGCAAUAGAAUACGUACACAUGAUGGGAAUAGUUUACCGCGAUCUGAAGCCCGAAAACGUGUUAGUCCGAUCCGACGGCCACAUCAUGCUCACUGACUUUGACCUUUCCUUGAAGUGCGAUUCCUCCGCAUCAACGGCCCAGAUAAUCUCAGACCAGAAUCCGCCGCCGCCGCCGCCGCCGACCGAGUUCACGGCCGAUCCACCUCCUUUCACGUCCACCUCAUGCAUUCUCCCCAACUGCAUUGUCCCCGCCGUCUCAUGCUUCCACCCCAAGCGCAAGCGCAAAAAGAAGCCCGGCCACCACGGCGGCCCCGAGUUCGUGGCGGAGCCGAUCGACGUCCGCUCGAUGUCGUUCGUCGGGACCCAUGAAUACCUGGCGCCGGAGAUCGUAUCCGGCGAGGGCCAUGGCAGCGCCGUCGACUGGUGGACGCUGGGGAUAUUUAUAUUCGAGUUGCUGUACGGAGUCACGCCGUUUAAGGGGCUGGACAACGAGCUGACCCUGGCUAAUAUAGUGGCUCGAGCGCUCGAGUUUCCGAAAGAGCCGAUGAUCCCGGCCGCCGCCAAGGACCUGAUAUCGCAGCUUCUGGUGAAGGAUCCGGCGAGGCGGAUGGGAUCCACCAUGGGCGCGUCGGCGAUCAAGCACCACCCCCUCUUCCAUGGAGUGAAUUGGGCUCUUCUCCGAUGUACAUCCCCGCCUUACGUUCCCCCGCCGUUUAGCCGGGACGUUGUCUCCGACGAGAGUUCCCCGGAAACCCCGGUGGAGUAUUACUAAUCAAUGUGGAUACUGAAUUUUUGAAUUUUCAAGUGACAAUCAUACGAUUUUUCUUUCUUCCUCCUAGCAAAAUACAUUUUCUGACCCGUGCGUGGACCACGUGGGCGUGUUCAUGCGUGCUACUUGUUCGAGAAAAUGCCCCAUUGGCCAUUGGUUGUUAGCUGCUACGAAAGAAAUUCACUGAUUAUUUCUGUCUCUUUGUAUCAUUUUGCCAU